AUGGGCAAGGGACUCGCCAGCUUCAGGCCGGGCUGUGGUGAGGGUGCGACCGUGGGCAGGAGUGGUGGCUGUAGGGGUCCCCACGAGGUGGCGGCCCCGGUGCCCAGCUGCCCAGGCACCGUGGAGCCACUGCAGCUGGGCCUGGAGCUGUGGGUGAUGCCAGGUCACCCCAAGCAGGUGCGGGGGACUCUGGCCCUGCUGUGCCUGAGCGCUGUGACCCUCACCUACGCGCUGUGGCAAGUGCUCUCUUCCUCCACCUGGCGCCACGUGCGCCCCGAGGAAGGGCCCACCGCGUCUUGGGGCCUUGGCUCCAGCCUGGCUUGGGCGCCCCUGGGAGGGGAGGCCUGGCGGCGUCAGCAGAACGACUCCUGCCGGCUCGUCCUCGUGGAAAGCAUCCCCCAGGACCUGCCGCCUGCAGCAGGCAGCCCGUCUGCCCAGCCCCUGGCCCAGGCCUGGCUGCAGCUGCUGGACGCCGCCCGGGAGAGUGUCCACGUGGCCUCCUUCUACUGGUCCCUCACGGGGUCCGACACUGGGGUCAAUGACUCGUCUUCCCAGCUGGGAGAGGCCCUUCUGCAGAAGCUGCAGCAGCUGCUGGACAGAAACGUUUCCCUGGCUGUGGCCACCAGCAUCCCGACACUGGUCCGGAACUCCACCGACCUGCAGGUCCUGGUGGCCCGAGGCGCCCAGGUGCGACAUGUGCCCAUGGGAAGGCUCACCGGCGGCGUUUUGCACUCCAAGUUCUGGGUCGUGGAUGGGCGGCACGUCUAUGUGGGCAGUGCCAACAUGGACUGGCGGUCACUGACACAGGUGAAGGAGCUCGGCGCCAUCAUCUACAACUGCAGCCGCCUGGCCCAGGACCUGGAGAAGACCUUCCAGACCUACUGGGUGUUGGGGGUGCCGAAGGCUGUCCUCCCCAAACCCUGGCCUCGGAACUUCUCCUCCCACAUCAACUGCUUCCAGCCCCUCCGGGACUACUUUGACGGGGUGCCCACCACUGCCUACUUCUCGGCAUCGCCGCCCGCACUCUGCCCCCACGGCCGCACCCGGGACCUGGACGCGCUGCUGGCGGUGAUGGGGGGCGCCCGGGAGUUCAUCUAUGCCUCGGUGAUGGAGUAUUUCCCCACCACACGCUUCACCCACCCCGCCAGGUACUGGCCGGUGCUGGACACGGCGCUGCGGGCGGCGGCCGUCGGCAGGGGCGUGCGCGUGCACCUGCUGGUCAGCUGCUGGCUUAACACGGACCCCAGCAUGUUCCCUUACCUGCGGUCCCUGCAAGCCCUCAGCAACCCCGCGGCCAACGUGUCUGUGGACGUGAAAGUCUUCAUUGUGCCCGUGAGGAACCACUCCAACAUCCCCUUCAGCAGGGUGAACCACAGCAAGUUCAUGGUCACGGAGAAGGCGGCCUACAUAGGCACUUCCAACUGGUCCGAAGAUUACUUCAGCAGCACCUCGGGUGUGGGCCUGGUGGUCAGCCAGAGGGCCCCCAGCACCCAGCCAGGGGUGACAACCGUGCAGGAGCAGCUGCGGCAACUCUUUGAGCGAGACUGGAGUUCCCGCUACGCUGUAGGCCUGGACGGACAGGCCCAGGGCCAGGACUGUGUUUGGCAGGGCUGACGUCCAGCCCUUCCUGGCUGCGGAGCCCCACUGCUCCCGACCAGGCUUCCCUGCCUGGCCCCCAGUCUGGACCCCGAGCAGCUCGAUCCACACAAGCCCUGGUCAGGGACAGGACUGCCCAAUGCAGGGCAGGCGCAAACUGUUUGCUCUCCAAAUCUAGACCCUCUUAAAGCCCCACCUCCUCCAGGGAGCCCUCCAGGAUGCCCUCCCUGGCUCCCACAGAGCCGCAAUUCCUGCCCACACACGGAGCCUUUACAAUA